AUGGCGGUCCGCGCUCAGUUUGAGAAUUCCAACGAGGUUGGCGUGUUUUCCACACUUACAAAUGCGUAUGCGAUUGUGGCUGUCGGAGCUUCAGAGAACUUCUACAGUGUCUUCGAAGCCGAACUCCAAGACGUCAUACCCAUCUGUCAUGCUACCAUUGCAGGCACAAGGAUAGUCGGUCGUUUGACCGCAGGCAACAAGAAGGGUCUCCUCGUUCCCACCACUACCACCGACCAAGAACUUCAGCAUCUCCGUAAUUCGAUCCCCGACAGUGUCAAGAUCCAAAGAAUAGAAGAGCGACUCUCCGCGCUUGGAAACGUCAUUUGCUGCAACGACCACGUCGCACUCGUACACCCAGAUAUCGAGCGUGAGACCGAGGAGAUAAUAGCGGAUGUGUUGGGUGUGGAGGUGUUUAGGCAGACGAUCGCGGACAACGUGUUGACGGGCAGCUACAUGGCGCUGAGCAACCAGGGUGGCAUUGUGCACCCAAAGACGAGCAUUCAGGACCAGGAUGAGCUGAGCAGCUUGCUGCAGGUGCCGCUUGUGGCAGGCAGUGUGAACCGUGGUAGCGCAGUCGUUGGCGCCGGUAUGGUGGUCAACGACUGGAUGGCAGUGACUGGACUUGACACCACGGCUACGGAGCUCUCAGUUGUCGAAUCCGUCUUCAGGCUGGGCGAGGGCAACGGCCCUAGCGCGAUCAACACCACACACAAGGAUGCGAUGGUGGAGUCUUUCUACUGA